AUGGAUGAGGAAGUGAAAAAAUUGUUGUUACAAAGAGAAGCUGAAGUGGAUAAGGCUUUUAAAGAUUAUCGUCUCCAAAGAGACCUUCUAGACAUCUAUUGUGAUGACAUUGAUCGUAAAAAGAAUUGGAUUAUAAAUACGAGGCAAGAAAUCCAAUCUACCGAGAGUUCGAUCCAUUCCAGUGAAGAAAAUUUGCGAAAGCUUAAGAGUGAAUUAGCACUUCGUGAGUACUAUUUGGAGAAAAUAAAGGAAGUCAUUGCUAUGAAAAAAGAGUAUCCGUAUGAGUUUCCGAUGUGGGAAGAAGAUGAGUAG